AUGCUGAGCAGGUUUCUACACCCACACUACCGGAAACUGUCCAAGAACUGGGUCCCCACAGGCAGCAUGUGGGGCACUGUGGGUGCCGUGGGGCUGGUGUGGGCCACAGACUGGUACCUGAUCCUGGACUGGGUGCCUUACAUCAAUGGCAAGUUUAAGAAAGAAUUAGGAGCCCCUUUCCUCAGCCACAGGCCUCGCUGGUAUCACAACUCUGCUGCUGUGGAAGCUGAAAGCCCCAGGGGAGCUUCUGCAUGGUGGACACUGGGGCCACCGUGA